CAACGCAUACAUGCAUCAAUAGCCCAACCCCAGCCUUCGUCCAAGUCAAAUCGCACGGGAUCCCUGACCUACUAUCUUUUCUUUUGCACCCGUUCACUCGAGAGAACCAUUGAACCGUGAGACGCACGCGUUGAGUAUUGUUACGCGAGCGAUCAUCUGUUCCACCAUGGCCUCCAUCCACGACGCUACGCCGUUUGCCAUCUACGAGGAUGUAGAGGAUGAGGAGCCGCUCUCGCCGUCUGACAUGUUCGAGGGGGAGAUGUCGGAGAUCUCGCUCUCCCGCGCAGACAACUCGAUACCCCACAUCGAGAUCGACCAGGAGCAGGAGUCUGAGCCCGAACCAUAUCGAAGCUCAUAUACCGCUCGGAGACCGCAGGGUCGCACAUCGGGUGUAACGCACUAUAGCUUCGUCUCGGCCCUGCCGUCUGAGAGCUCCAUUACCUCCAAGCCCAUCUCGCCAGCCAUUGAAGCAAGCGAGGCAAGAUACACACCGCGAAAGGAGCGAGCACGGUUCCGGAAUUCGGAGUCGGUGCGAGGACUCCAGAUGAACUCCCCGCCCCUCCUGCCUGCGUACGAGAGCUCCCGGGAGCGGGUCAGAAACUCGUACAAGGCGGCUACACCAAGCAGGACCGGGAGACCGGAGACGCCUGCCUCGAGGCGGUCGGCGUCACACAGGGGAAGCGUGCGCGACCACAAUAGCCCGCGGCCACCGCCCACACCCCAGCAGGCUCCCCUCGUGCUGCUGCACGUGACAAUCCUGCCCAUGCAGGUCCCCUUCUCGCACGACAUGAUGAACAGAGUCAUGCCGGGGUGGCUGGUGGAGAACUACAGGCUGCUCGAAGAGAAGCUGCAAGACAUCAUCCUCAUGCGACGCGGCCUGCUGAUUCCACAUCCAAGAGACGAGUACGAACUGCUGGAGGAGCGGAUACUGGAGAGCCUGGAGCUGAAGAUACCGCGUCUGCUCAAGUGCGGGCACUUUGUUGCGCCGGUCGAAGACUCCGACUCGGAAACCGAGGAGGACGUGCGAAGCGUUAGCGACGCAGGCACCGGCCGUGGCAGCUGCAUGAGCGGCGGCACCAUGACCGACGAGCACGAAUGCAAGGAGGAUGCGAGAGACGCCAGCAUGUGCGCCGACUGCCACCGCCAACUGAAGAAGCCAGGCCGAGGCGUUGGCGCCGGCACACGGAAAUGGGACAUCAAGAUCUACGCCGCAAACGGCCUGAUGCGCUCCGAGGCCUGGGGCGCGGCAUGGAGUGAGAUGGAGCGAUGUGACGUGGAGAUCUCGCCCUGGUAUCCCGAGUCGGUGAGGAAGACGCUGGAGCGAAGAGUGCGGGAAGAGCAAGAGGCCGACAAGUGCAAGCUCAUGUACGCCGCAGAAGUGCAGCGCAGGAUCGAGGAAGACGCCAUCGCCCAGAAACAAUUAGCAGAGCAAGCAGCAGAGAAGAAGCUCCUAGACGACGCAGCCCAGCAAAAGCACGCCGAGGAGAAGGCAGAAGAGGAGAAGCGACGGUACGAGGAAGCCCUAGAAGAGAAGAUCGAAGAAGCCAAGGAGUCGCUCCGUCUCGAGCUCGAGGCCCAGGCCGCCAUGGAGGCAGACUUGAUCGCCGAGCGCCUCCGCGCGAUGGAAAAAGCCCUGCAAGAUCAAAUGAAGGCCGCACCAGACGCAGCGUCGACGGAUGCCGAGUCGUCGCCUCAGCAGGACAGCCGUGCUUAUUCCCGCCACCCUCGCACAGCUACGAUCCCGCUCGGCACGCUGCUGAAAAACUACAUCUUAGCCCUCGUACGCGAUCCGAGGAACUUUGUCAUUCUGCUCCUCACUACGUCGCUGGUCGGCAUGACAAUGAACCUCAACCUGGCGCCGCUGCUCCAGCUUCCGACCCCCGACAUGGUCGAUAUGGUUGAUGUGGUGGUUGAUACGCCGAGCGAGGAGAUGCUGCUAGGUUCCUCCGCCUCGGUGGUGGUCACAACGACAGCGACCACUACAGCAACAGCAUUCGCAACCGUCACUUUCACCGAGACUGCCACGCUAGCCGCAGCGACGACAAGCUCGCAGACCGUGGUCGAGGAGAUGGUCGCCACUGCGUCAGCAAUGGCAGCAGACGAGGAACACAUCAUCUCGAUCGACACCACCGCAGAAACCAAGGGCCCCUCUCUCUUGCCCUUGUCCUUGCCAGAAUCCCACAUCCACGCCCUGGAUAUGUGUCCCGUGGAGAACGCCCUAGUACCCCUCUGCGCAUUGUAAUCACGAACACCACCCCAUAAAUACCCUUUUCUUCUCCGUCAGUCUUUCCCUCGAGCGUUGUAGCGUUCAAGCGUUGUAGCGUUCUAGCGCGUAUUCUUAUCUUAGUCGUGGAUGGAGGGUGCUAUGGGCCCCUCUCCUUGGUUGUUGUGUGGGUGUGGUAUAGUAUAGUAUAUAGUGGAU